ACCAUAUUAAAAAAAGCACUCAGCUAUGUUUGCUUUCAAAGCCUUGUUUGUCUAAACCUGGGUGUGUAAAUAGAUCACUGACAUGCCAAUUUAUGGACCAUGAAGGGAAAUAAAUGGCUGUAAUGAUCCAGACACCAUUUGAUGGAGGACCUAGUCUAUGUGUGUGCUACAGCAGCUCAACAGCAGAGGGACACAUUUGUCUGUCUAACAAGUACAGCAUUAGUGCAGUCUUAACUGCUGAGUACCUACUUCAUAACACAUUUGGCAAGUCGUGAAAUUUGCCGGUAUUUGCAGUUCUGUAAUAACAACUUUCUAUUUAUUGAACAGUAAAGUUUCAUUUGUAUUUGCCUCUUUUGCAAAACAGUUGUGUUCACGAAAAAAAACAACAACUUAGGUUUUCUCCUAUUAGGUGGUUUGGUUUUGGUCAACUUGACCACCAAGUGUUUUAGUACCCCGCAUAAACCACAAUGCUAUGUCCUCUACUAAUUGUGUCUUGAUUUUGGUUGCUAACCUGGUAAUUCUGGCUUUAAGCGUAUUUUCAAAAAGUGGUAAUAUUGUGGAAUUUGACCAUCGCCUGUGGUUUAUGUUAAGCUUAACGAUUAGGUUUUUCCAUAUGCUUUGUUGUUUUCUUCGUUGACAGUGUAGGUGAUCCAGUUUAAAGCUCUUGAAAAGUAUUUUGCAACAUUGACAGGAAGUUAUGACAUCCUUUGUUCCAACUAAGUUCCUCCUUCCUUCUCACCUGAAGGGGAAGCGUGGGGGAUGGGUGGUGACCAUCAUUUUGUUUUGAUCGGUCGAUAGAUUUAAAAUUAGGCGACGUAAAGUAUGUUAGCCAUUUUUAUGCACUGUUAUUUUUCAAUAUGUAAACAUUUAAAUCUUUUUGUAAGCAAUUUAACUCUGCAAAACACUAAUCAUCACACACAGGUUUUUAUAACAAUGCUUUAAAUGGCAAAGCUAUCGGUUAUUUUCGUGUUUUUUAAUCCUGCAGCCACUUCUUGUUAUGGAUUUUUCUUCUGAUAAAACUUGCGUUUGUUUGCAAACAAAGGGAAGCCACGUGGAGAAUUGGAGCCUCUUGGGGAGUGUAGUUUUUUUGCCGGACAAGCCUACAUCCUUUGAAGGAAAAGAGACUCGGUUUCCCAGGAUGCAUCAGUAAAAUCUGCGUAGGCCCAGUGGAACGUAUUUUUUUUCCCCUGACAAGUAGAUGUAUAUAAAGGGUUCUGUUUACAACAGGGUCAGGUAGUUAAGAGUCUUUGUUUUUUCUUUGGAGCACGUCAAAAUGCCCUGAUUGUGUUGCAGCCAAGUUAUUUUUUCACAACAGUUCGAUGGAAGAUAUGAUAUGUUAGUGGUGAACGUUUUUAAGAUAGAGUUUUAUUUUUUUUCUAAUACUUUUUCCCCCCUUUGUUUUUCCUUUACUUGUGACAGAAGACAGAGGCCGCAUCUGGACAUUUUCACGAUUACCCAAAAGUAUAAGGAGCAUUUCUGUUAAAGGUAGCAGCCAUGGUGUUGGUUCUGGGCAGGAGAAUAAACAGCAGUAUCUCAGACACCAAAGAAUCACCAGUUGUCAAACGCAAGGUUUUGCCAGUUGAAUGCAAAGCAGGCGAUGUCUUUGACUUCUGCUCUGGUGCGUCACAUUCAGAGGGAAUCCUUCAGGUGUUCAAUGAGUUCCGCGACUGCCGCCUUUUCACUGAUGUGGUCAUCAGCGUGCAGGGCCGCGAGUUUCACUGCCACCGCGCUGUUCUCUGUGCCUGCUCUUCCUACUUCAAAGCCAUGUUCUGCAAUGAUCACCGUGAGAGCAGGGAGAUGCUGGUUGAAAUCAACGGCAUUGUGGCCGAGGCGAUGGAGGCCUUCCUCAACUAUGUUUACACUGGCCGUGCCAAGAUCACCACCGAGAAUGUCCAAUUUCUCUUUGAAACCUCCAACCUCUUCCAGAUCACCACACUGCGGGAUGCUUGUGCAAAGUUCCUAGAGGACCAGCUUGACCCAUGCAACUGUAUUGGCAUUCAGCGCUUUGCAGAUGCUCACUCGCUCAAGCAGCUUGCUAGUCACUGCAAAAGUUACGCCCUGGCAAACUUCUCUGAGGUGUCACACCACGAAGAGUUCCUUGACCUACGGGUUGAAGAGCUGAAAGACUAUAUUGGCAGAGAAGAUUUGUCCGUCAGUAAGGAGGAGAUAGUGUUUGAGGCAGUGAUGAAAUGGGUGUACCACAACGUGGACCAAAGGCGAUCCUUGCUAAAAGGUUUGCUGCAGCACGUUCGGUUGCCACUGCUUCACCCCAAUUACUUCGUCCAGACAGUGGAGGGAGACGAGCUCAUCCAGAACGCUCCAGAGUGUUACCAGCUCCUCCAUGAGGCCAGGCGCUACCACGUGCUAGGAAACGAAAUGAUGUCACCCAGAACUCGUCCACGCAGGUCGACUGGUUACUCGGAGGUGAUCGUAGUGGUUGGAGGUUGUGAGCGAGUGGGGGGCUUCAACCUGCCCUACAAUGAUUGCUAUGAUCCAAUCACAGGGGAUUGGAAAUCCCUGGCAAAGCUGCCUGAGUUCACCAAGUCAGAGUAUGCUGUCUGCGCCUUACGCAAUGACAUCUUGGUGUCUGGAGGACGCAUUAACAGCAGGGAUGUGUGGCUGUACAACUCCCAGCUCAACCUUUGGCUCAAAGUGGCUUCUCUUGUCAAAGGCCGCUGGAGACACAAGAUGGGUGUCCUACUGGGCAAGGUCUACGCUGUGGGUGGCUAUGAUGGGCAGAGCCGCCUGAGCAGUGUGGAGUGCUACGACUCCUUCUCCAACCGCUGGACAGAAGUGGCUCCAAUGAAAGAGGCAGUCAGUUCUCCGGCUGUGGCCAGCUGCAGCGGCAAGCUCUAUGUUAUUGGGGGAGGCCCGGAUGAUGAAACUUGUUCAGACAAGGUUCAGUGCUUUGAUCCAAAUACAAAUACAUGGUUACUACGGGCCAACAUCCCCAUCGCUAAGCGCUGCAUCACAGCUGUGUCCCUCAACAACCUGAUCUAUGUCUGCGGUGGCCUUACCAAGAACCUUUAUUGCUACGAUCCAGUACAAGACUACUGGAUGCUUGUGUGCCACACCUUUACCAAGCAGGAAAGUUGUGGCAUGUCAGUGGUUAACGGGAAGAUCUAUAUCCUUGGUGGCCAGGGGGAAAAUGGUGAAGCUACAGAUACAAUCGUAUGUUAUGACCCAGCGACAGGCCUCAUGACAGGAGAUCGCGGCAUGCCUCGACCCAUCUGCUACCACGGAUGUGUAACCAUCCACCGCUAUUGUGACAAAACCAAGCCAUGACUCUAAACACAGAAACACAGACAAGCGACAUGUGAGGACACACUUCCAUAGCCAAACUUUUUAUGUACUUCACAUAGACAUGUUACUUUUAAACAAGAGACAUCGGAAUUAGUUCAAAUUAAACGAGCAGGGAGCUAAUUUAUUCUUUCACAUCAUUUUGUCUUUUUGUUUUGUGCAAUCUGCACACAUUUUAGAUUAGGCAAUCUAAAAUGUACCCCACUGACCUGGUUCCUAAUAUUUCCAUACAGCAGAGCAUAGUCCACCACUAAUUAGAAGUAUACGUAUUUUAAAAUAUAUAUAUAUAUUUAAAGUAUAGUUUAUUAUUCAUUGAUUUGUAAUUGAGCUGAAAUGUGGGCAAAACUCAGCCAGCUGACUCUGGUGCCACAGUAUCAGUUCUUUUAUCUAUUGACUGCCCAAACCCGUUAAAAAGAGGCUGAAGUAACACAUUAAUCAGUUGUCAGUGGUGGCUCUGCUCCGUUGUUUCAGUUUUUUUCCUCGCAAGUUCCCACUUCACAAGCUUGUUUCCCCUCACCUGUUCCACAUUGUUUCAUCACCUCAGUUUGUUUUCUACAUUACUAUUUGUGUUCUCCAUUGCAAUUAACUGAUUUCUCAUGGGUUUUUUAAUACAUAUUUCUUUAAUUUAUAUGUCUUUUUAAUUUAAUUUUUAUUUUUUUAUAAAAGCAUGUCAUAUUAUUUACAUCAUUGGUGUGUCAGAUGAGUGUUACUGUCAGCUAUUCGGUGUUUGGGACAUGUGGGUGGUUUUGUUAGUUAGGAACCUUUGUAGAUCAAACUCAAGGAUUGCUAUUGAAUAACUGAUUUGUGUGCAUGACAAGUAUGGAUGUGUGACUUUUAUGACUCAGCCUGGAUGUGUUGGAGCCCAGCAGGUUUGACAUCAAGUUGUAGCAUAAGCACGGCACACCUGCUAACUCUUAAUUGAGGCUGCCGCCUCUCACUUAAACAUUAACAUACAAAGAUGCAGCUCUGGGAAACCAAGGGUGCGUUUGUCUGUAUGUGUGUUUGCUGGUCGGUGAAGGUGUGCAGCAAUAAUAUACCUCACACACGGGGUUAAGAGUUCAUGCUAAGGAUUUACGACUUUGUGGAUCACAAUCUGUAAAGUUGUUGUUUUUUUUUUUACAAGUUGGUAUUGAUAGACCAGAGAAUUGCUGUGAAUAUAACUUUAAAGAUUUCUUUUUGUAUGAAAAGCAUUUUUGUUGGUUUUUUUGUGUGUGUUUUUCUGUAACUAAGAUCCCCAGCUGUGCACUUUGACAAAACCUUUUUCAAUGUAGGCAGAUUUAGAAACGGAACUACCUUCACUUUUAUGUAAAGGUCACAAAACGGUAAACCAUCUUUAAUGGCUUUGGGUUCUUCCAAAAAUGACAAACUGAACACAUGUGGAGAGUUUCUUGCCAUUUUUAGGACAACAGGAACAAUCUAUGCAUGUAUUACCACUUAAAAAUUCACAACUUAUUCUGUGGAUAGUGAGUGUUAUAUAUUUUUAUUUCUGACAAUCAACAAACCUGUUGGGGUUAUUUCCUUUUAUUCAUCAAGCAUGCUAUGAGACAGCUUAAUUUGGUGUUAGGCCUUGAAAUUAUGAACCUCUUGAUUCUCUUCUCAACACAUCUUUUUUGUUUGUUUGUUUUAUUUUCAUAAUGUGCUAACUCAGAAGGCCAGCUGGACAGAUUAAAGGAUGGGUUAAUGUAAGAAAAAGGCUUAAAAUAGUGAGAAUGAGAAACAAAUGUGCUUUCCGCUGAGAUUUUUAAAGUACCUUUAAAAUGAGACACAAACAUUGUCCUGAUAUUCUGAUUUAUUGGUUUUGCAAUGAACCUUCAUUUACUGCCUGCUUGUGAUGAGCCUAUAUACUGUUAUUUUUGUUUAAUCUGAUUUCUUUUUUUCCCUUCUUCUUUUUGUGGUGAGAUGUGUAUUUGUGUGUUGUUCAGAUAACAUCAUUCCAACAGGUUAAAUGGUAUAUUGCAAAUGCUGACGAGAAUAGUUGAGCAAAAACAUAUAUGUAGUUUACCUUUCAUUAUAAAUACAGAUAUCAACCAAAGUUAAUCUGAUUUGUGUCCCGGUUUAUAUGUGUUGAAAAAUAAUUGAUUGUGCCUGCAUGUAAGAUGGACGAUUGAACAUGUUAAGUGCUGUGCCGUAUGCCUUAAAACAAAUCAUGACAGGGCUAUUUAAUCUGGCCUUUUUGAUAUUGUUUAUUGUAUGUCUGAUGUAAGAAAGAGAACAUUUUGGAUAUUGGUAACCUGCAACAUGUUGCAAUGGUUGUAAGAGGAACAUCAAUAAACUCUUUAUAAAUGCUU